CUUCGGAUUCUUUGUUUCUCAUCUGGUUCUUAAACUCAGCGGGUUUCUCGGCUGUUCGGUGCUUCGAUUUUUGUGUUGGAUCUCUUUUGUAGCUGUUUUUGGUAUUCGGGUUCGCAUCCGCAAGCUUGUGUGUUCGCCGACUGAACGAAGUUCGUUAUUCUAUUUAGACAAUUUUCUGUAGUUUUUCUGUAGUUCGUAAUUCUUGUUUUUGAUUAUCUUUUGGUGGAACGGUUGGAUUUUAGUUUUAUCUUGUCUUCUUUCUUCGGCAAAUGUGAUGUGCAUUUUCUCUCUGGCUGGAAUUUUUUGUUUGGUUUCUUUGAUAAUUUUAUCGCGAAAUAGAUGGGGAUUUGGGAUCUUAUACCUUCUGGUUUAGUUCAACUUGUUGUGAGUGGUUCUCGAUUGUGUUCUUGUUCCCUCUGCGACUACAAUUGUGGAGGUAUAUGGUCCCAAAUUUUCUAUAAUUUUUUUUCCUUGCGAUAAUGAAGUCAAAAUUCUCCUUGCAAUUUUUUGGGUGCGCACUAGGCUGUUUGGUUCUCUGCGAUUGAUGGCUCUGGGGAUGUUCGUUCCCUAGUUUUGUUUGAGGUUUCUCUUGCAGCUAGGUGUUGCUAAAGUUGAUGGAUUGAGCGAUGUUUUGAUUUGAUGAUGUAUCUUGGUCUGGAGUUUUUGUAUUUCUAGAGUACAUUUUGAUUGUGUGUUGAAAUGCUUUUCGGUUAGGGUUUUGUUUAUAGAAACUAAGAGCUAGAUGUCUGUUAAAAUUCCUUGCCUCCUGCAGUAUUGAAGACUUUGACGUCCGUUUUUGAAGUUGUUGAACUGAGUAAUGCUCAUGAAUGGAUGUUACAUCCUUGAUCAUAAUUUUGAGGUCUUGACUUCGUCUUCCAUUUUCUAAGUGUUAUGUUUAAGAUGCUUAUCUUCUUAGUUAGGGAGAUAGUAUCUAUUUUGCAGCCUUUUUGAGUCUCCCCCUUGGCCCUCCAACCCAAAAACGUAAGACACGGUUCUUAAAGCUCAUUACUACGUAGUAUAAUAUCCAUGGAAGCUGUUCCUAUGAUGUUGAAUUUCAAUCGAAAUGGUUUGAUGGGUGGGAAGUCAGGUCAGAGAAGUUUUAGAUUCAGUGGUGACAUUUAGGCAUUCACCCCUCUACUGGUGCUUUAAAUUACAUGUUGAACACGCGAAUGGUGGUUUUUGUUUGAUAAUUGUACAGAAUCAUAGGGUCUACUACUGUAAGUACGCGAGAUGAUGUCCAAAACGAAGCAAGCUGUGGUUUAUUUAUUUGGAUGCUCUUUACCAAAUAUUCAGGAUUCUCUGGCUUUCUCUCAACUUGGUCGCUGGUGAUACCUUGUAAAAACUCUGGCCACAAUCUUUGGCGGGCUUAUCUACGAUCUUUUUAUCUAUUUGUUUAUUUUUAUUUAAAAAAUCUAAUUAUGAGGAGCAGUAGGGAGCUGGGAUGGUAGCCACACCGUCCCAUCGACGUACUUCACCCUUUUGCAGUGGACUUGGACGAGUUAUUAUAACCAAGUACAAAUGAAGUUUAGAUAGAUGCUUCUGGGUGGUGUUGAAUGUUGGAUUCUUGUCUGCCACCUUUCGAAAACUUGACGUUGGAGUAUGAGUAGCAUCGUUGGAGUUCCGGACGUGUUUGUGCUUCUUCUACGUGUUCCCGAUGAAGUCCUGAUUAUCCUUGGACUCUCAGAGACCAUAAGAGUUAUAGGUGGCUCUCUGCUAGCGAGAUUGCCAGAGCUGUAGGUGCAGUUAUGGGCGUUAUAUUUGGUUGGCUGGAUAGCCUUGGGCACAUGAUCUAUUCUUGUAAGAUCAGCUACGCAGAUUGUGUCGUUCACCUUAGAAGCUAAAAGUUCAGAUCCCCCUCAUUUUAUCAAUUCUCCAUCUCUCUUCAAUGAAUCUUUAGCUUCCUCUUGCACCUUGCCCUCCGGAACAAUUUUCAUUGUUCAGUCAGUUGCUGGCCAUGGCCGCCUUCAAGAAGAGUAAAAAAAAAAAAAAAAAAAAAAAAAAAAAAAAAACAGAACCUUUUUGCUAAUCUGGGGAAAUAGUUGUCUUCUUCUUGGUUGUUUGGUUCUCAGUAUUAUGGGAACGGAGGAGCCGGAUGAUUGCAAAAUACCAUGUGAUGAAGGAAAAUCUAUUGGCUUUCAGAGAGAAAAUAAUAGAUGGGUAAGUUGGGUUCUUGACGGAAACUGAAUGCGGAUUUUCAAUUUGAGGUAGGCAUGUCCUUUUGGACAAUUAAGCGAGUAGAACCAUUAAAUACUUUGCUCUUUUUUUUUCUUUUUUUUCUUUUUUUUUUGUUAUUUUUGGAACACAUUUGAUUGGGUAUGUGUUGCUUUUACCAUAGGUUGAUGCAUCUACUGGUUGACCCAGUUUAGUGGGAAUUGCAUCCGGAGUCUUCAACAAAUCAAGUGAUCAUGAUGUGCAAUUGGUCACUAUUCAAAGCUGGAGGCUCUGGGGUUCCCCAGUGCUGCGUUGUAGUUAUUAUAUGGUCUCCUAUAACUCUUCUUUUUUGGAUGAACUGAACUCUCCUCUUGGAGUUAUGAUGAUUGGAGCUGUUCAGCGUUCCAUGGAUUAUUUGUUGCUGAUGUGCUGUGGUCUGCAGCUGUAUAGAAGAAAGCAACAAUGUGCUUUAAGCUUCUACCCAGAUUCAACCAUUGUCUUGCAUUGGAGGAUAUUAUAUUUCCAUGGCAGAGGUUGCUACUUACUCCGAGCCUCAACAGAUUGGGACAGAAGGAAAUCAACAAAUGACAUGCAGAGGAAAUGAGACAAGAAAUGAGCAGUUUGAUUCUCAGGCUUUGCCCUUUGAAAAGUCAAAUGACCCCCAAGAGUUGAUGGAGAUGGGAUACAUGCAAUAUGGAUGUGCACAUUAUAGGCGAAGGUGCCGCAUCAGAGCUCCCUGUUGUAAUGAAAUUUUUGAUUGCCGUCAUUGCCAUAAUGAAAUAAAGAAUAGUAUUUGUGUUGAUCAGAAAGAAAGACAUGAGAUCCCACGCCAUGAAGUCAACCAGGUUAUAUGCUCACUUUGUGGAACUGAACAGGAGGUUCGCCAAGAAUGUAUCAAUUGCGGUGUGUGCUUUGGGAAAUAUUUCUGUGAGGCUUGCAAGCUGUUUGAUGAUGAUAUAUCUAAGAAGCAGUAUCACUGUAAUGGCUGUGGAAUUUGUAGAAUUGGGGGGCGCGAUAACUUUUUCCACUGUUACAAGUGUGGUUGCUGCUAUUCAGUUAUUUUAAAAAAUAGCCAUCCCUGUGUUGAAGGAGCAAUGCACCAUGACUGUCCUGUUUGCUUUGAGUUUCUAUUUGAUUCGACCAAUGACGUUACGGUAAUGCCAUGUGGACACACCAUCCAUCAGAAUUGCUUGAAGGAGAUGAGAGAUCACUUUCAAUUUGCUUGCCCUCUCUGCUCCAAGUCCGUUUGUGAUAUGUCCAAGGUGUGGGAAAAAUUUGACAGGGAAAUUGCAGCCACGCCCAUUCCAGAGCCAUACCAGAACAAAAUGGUUCGGAUUCUUUGCAACGAUUGCGGUAAGACGUCGAAUGUGCAGUAUCAUAUUGUGGCCCAAAAGUGCUUGAAUUGCAAGUCCUACAACACCAGACAGACCUGAGGCUAGAGAUGUGGAUAUGAAGGCCACAUCCUAUCAUCCUGCAGCCCUGAAAUGCUUCCAUCUCCAGCUAUCUAAGCUCCCGUUUCCAUGCUGCUACUCUUGAAGAACCUUCAAGCCACACGUCAUUCUCGAGCGAUGGAGAAGAUGACUGACGUAUUCUGCAGCUUCCUUUGCUUUUGCUUCAGGAAAUCAACAACAUCGCACCUUCUUUUUUUUUUUCCUUUUUUUUUUUGUUUCCUUCAUUUGGUUGAUAUCUUGUGUUCUACCUCUUUCUUUCUACAUCAUUCUAUUUAUUGGUGUCUGUAUUGUUGUAUUUGCCCCCUCGCUUAGUAUGAAAGUAUUGCAUUGCAUUUGAUUUGGUUUU